AUUAACUAUGGGUUCUAGAAUACCACCAAAGAUUCCUGUCAUAGAUUUUUCCCAAGAAAAUCUGAAGCCUGGAACGAGUUCUUGGGUCUCCACAUGCAAGAAUGUCCUGCGUGCACUAGAGGAAUAUGGUUGUUUCAUAGCAGUUUAUGAAAAAAUUCCUCUUGAGCUACAAAGUUCUUUCUAUAAUAAAUUAAUAACAUUAUUUGAUCUUCCUAUUGAUACUAAAAGAAAAAAUGUCUCAGCCAUACCUUAUUAUGGCUAUGUUGGAAAUCAACCCUUUGUCCCACCUCUCUAUGAAGGCAUGGGCAUUAAUAAUGCAGCAACAAUGGAAGGAACUCUAGACUUCACAAACACCAUGUGGCCUAAUGGAGAUGAUGAUUUCUGUAAAACAGUAUUCUCAUACUCGAAGUGGGUGGCAGAAUUAGAGCAAAUGGUGACGAGAAUGGUGUUUGAGGGGUAUGGAGUGCAGUACUCAUACGACACCCAGCAAGAACGGACAAACUACCUAUUUCGGAUGAUGAAAUAUAGAGCACCUACAGAGAGUGAAUCUGAUUUGGGUUGUGAUGUUCAUACAGACAAGGGUUUUAUAACUGUGUUGCAUCAAAAUGAAGUUAGUGGCUUGGAGGUGCAGACAAAGGACGGUCAAUGGGUUUGCUUUGAGCCCUCAUCACCUUCGUCUUUCAUUGUCAUGGCCGCAGAUGCACUCUUGGCAUGGAGCAAUGGCAGAAUACAUGCUGCAUUCCAUCGAGUGGUCAUGAGAGGAAGCAAAGCAAGAUACUCGGUUGGGCUAUUUUCUUAUCUGAAAGGAAUAACUGAAGUUCCAGAGGAACUGAUUGAUGAAGAGCAUCCUCUACAGUUUAAGCCGUUUGAUAAUUUUGGAUUAUUGCAUUACUUCUAUACUGAAGAAGGGAGGGAAAAGGAGUCUACUGUGAAGGCUUAUUGUGGACUUGAGGAAAUAAUUACAGCUAAAUAACAUGAUCAAUCACUGUUCAUGAUGUAUAAGAACCAUUGUCAUAACUAAACCUAAAGCUUCUGAUUGGUUUAUCCUUUCUAAAGUUUUUAAAUUGGUCCAGUAUUCUAAAAAUAAAAAUACUGUUCUGGCCUUUAUUCAUUUUAUUAGAGUUAAACGAUUUGCUAUUAAA